ACUUUGGAUUUGUAUAUGAAAGGUAUAUCAGAAUAGUCUGGCUAUCACAUAUUAAGCUCAAGCUCAAAGAUUGAACAUUAGUCUGGGGAGUCUGCGUCUGGUGGAUAAGCUGAUUGGACCCAGCAAACGUGGACAGGAAGCAGGAGAGAUGUGCAGGUUUCCAGCCUGAGCUGCAGGGCGAAAUCCAAAUAGAAAAAACAAAGGUUUACCUAGCCUAAUAUCAGAAUUAAAUCAUAUGAGAAGGGACCAGACCAUUUGACUGAUUGUGUGAUAACAACAGAGAAGACACCAGAUGUUCUGAUGUCAUUCCGCUGUGAACUUCAAGAUGUCAUGGCAUCACUCCUCGAUGCCACCAUCAUGCAGAUUUUACAGCUAGUCCAAAAAGACUUUUUGGAGAAAUUAAAACAGAAUGAGCAGGAGAUCAAUGGCUUACAGGAGACACCAAAGAUAGUUGGAUAUCGGGGAGAAAGAGAUGAGGAGACAGAGGAAGCUGAGGAAGAGACAUUUCAGAGUGACACUGUAACAGAGGAUGAGCAAAAUAACAAGGAGACAGAAACAGAACUAAGCACAAAUGAUCCUGAGCUCAUAGAAGAGUUUGCAGGGAACGAGAGAAACACAAAGGAAGAUCUACAAAUCAUCCAAGUAAAUGAAGCGGGAGAUGCAGAGAGUGAUGCUGAGACUGGAGGAGCUGGAGCAGUGCAAGAAACAGGAAGUGAGACUUUCCAAAGUGACGUGAGGGUUGUAGGGGAGGUCGAAUUCACAGAUGAUGGUGGGAAUGUUGGAAAAGAAAACCAGACGGAGAAAGAGGGACAAAAAGAAAGAAGAAAACGUAUAAGGAUGAGAGUGAAAAGUGAAAUGGAGGAUGGUGGUAUCGUAACGAAUGAGGAGAUGAGCAGCGUUGACAAUGUGGUUCUAAAACUGGAGGAUCCUCUACAAGUUGAAGGAACUGAUUCUUGUGAAGAUGCCGAGUCCCGAGGGGGAGCUGAACACCAGGUGUGUCUUCUUGAGGAUCAUGACCAUUCAUGUGAUGCGGAUUGCUGUGAUACCACAAGUGUGAAGAAUUUACUUGAGAUGAAGCUUCCCACUUCACUAAAAGAGUCCACCGCUCUACACCUCUCCGUGGGUGCAGACAGUAAGUUAAGUGAGGUAAUAAAAAGGAACACAAGUUACUCCUCUCUUGCGACCUUCGACCCCCAAACUGAAAUCAGUGAAGAAUACCUAGCUAAGGCCAAGGUAGCUCUAACUAAAAUGGAAGGUCUACCAGACAGAGGAUGGGUUCUUCUGGAUCCUCUGACUGGUAAGUUUUGCAUCAAAGACGAGCUGGACUUCAAACCUGAGGAGAUGGGAAGAGAUGGAGAAGACGGAGAAAUUAGUGAAGAUGGAGAAGGUGGUGAAGAUGGAGAUGGUGGUGAAGGACCAAGUGCUGAUCCAAGCAUAAACGGAACAUUUUCUGUGGAGACAGGGGUCAAAAUGACCACAAAUAGCAGCACUCAAACAGAAGCGCAAAUAACUGUCAUGAUGGGUGAUGAAUUUGAUAAGGUGAAUCUGAACUCUCCGUCUGCUAAGGAGGAAGAGCCAAACAGAGUUCUCACCAGAAGCAGUAAAGCUAAUAGAACUAAUGGCAACAGCACCAAAGCUAGUGAGACGAAUUCUGUGCGGAGUCCAAGAAGCUACUCUACUAGAAGCACUGGGAACACUACAUCAGCUAGAACUGAUGAAUGUGUUGAAAAAAGUGCCAGUAGAGCAAGUUGUGUUACCGGUUCAACACCAGUAAAAAAGGUUAACAUUGACCGUGGAAAAGGUAAUGACAGAGUUUCUAGAGAAACACCUCACAAAGUCCAACAGACAAAAGCCAAAAAGGAUCAUAACAUAAAGGUAUGUGCCAGUGAAACCAGCAAGAAAAAUCAAGCUGAUAGUCCUCAAGGCAAGAGAAACAUUGGAAAAGGUAAAGAAAGUCACAAGUUUGAAACUAGGGUGUACAGAUCAGGACACUUCAUAGUUAGUCCAGCUUCUUUGACCAAGAACAAAAAAGAGUUCUCCAAGAAAAGCAGUGGGCGGAUAUACACGGCCAAAGUGAAAUUAUGCAAUGCUAGUGACCAAAGCUUCAAAAUGAAAAAUGAACCUCACUCUAAGGGAAAAGUCUUUGAAUGUAAACACUGCGCAAAGACUUUUCCCACCUUACAAUACCUGAAAAGGCAUUGGCAAUAUCACUCUCCAAACAAAAGGCACAUAUGUUCUCAUUGUGGGAAGGGGUUUGUGUAUGAAUGUCAUCUGAAAAUCCAUCUGCAGUCACAUACAAAAGAGAGGCCGUACCGGUGUAAUCAGUGCUCCAAAAGGUUCAGAUACAGCUCCAAUCUGAAGUAUCAUCUAGCGUACCACACUGGAGAAAAGCCACAUGUUUGCCAGCAGUGUGGAAUGGCCUUCAGCCGCCGUGGUCAUCUGGUCAAGCAUAUCACAUGGCACUCAGGGCUAAAGCCUUAUUCCUGCUCUCAUUGCGAGAAGACCUUCGCUGCAAAAGGAGGGUUGACUAGGCACGAGCAGCUUCAUCUAAAAAAACAAUAAAAAUGUUUGACUUCAGGUUAAAUUAAAUAGGCAAUGUUCUAAUGAACAAGACACACUUGGUGCCUCGCAUUUGGUGUUUUAUACACCCUCCCUUCCUUCCUCAAUCCUCGUCCUCACUAAUCUAGAUAGAGAAUGAUGGGCCGGCAACAAUGGGAUAGUCUAUCCAGUGUUAGUUAUAUAUCAGUGGGAACACCCCUCGAGGAUCGAGGAGAGUGUUUGAGAGCCACCCACUGUCUAUACACACACCAU